UUUCUUUUAUCCGAAUCACUGUAACACACACGCGAGACGAGAGAGAGAAUCAUCUGAAACUCAUACUCAAAUCACUCCCAUCUCUCUCUCUCUCUCUCUCUAGCUUUUAUUACCAGUUGAGUCUUCACUAAACUCUUAAGAUCCAAAAACACCACACCAGAGCUUUACUCUGUUUGACCCAGAACCUUGGAAGAUCCUCUUUUCUGCUGCGAAGCUCCACAUUUUGCUAGUUUGUGCCUAAAAAAGCGGCACUGGAGCUUGCUCAUUGACCGGUAAUGUAACUAACGACCCAUUUCGUUUGAGCUAACUUUAUCCGUGUUUCGAUCGAAAAUCUCGUCGUUUGGAUUGGAUGACCAAAAGGUGAUGUUUUUCGGUUGGUGGGUGUUUUUGUUUUAGUACUCUGAUUUGUUGCAACUUUGCUCGUUCGUGUGGAUCCAAAAGUUUAUCGGGAGAUUUUGUUGAGGUCGAGGAGAAAAGUUUCAUUUUUUUUUUUGGAGUUUAUUUUUGGAAUGAGUAAAUUGGAGGGAGAUUUUGUGAUUUCGAGAUCAGAUUCACUUGGUGAAUAUAAUGGUUAUUACGGAUUUCUGGUUUAGUUAUGCAUGCGUAAACAUAGUAUUUGGAGUUUUACUUUGGGGACAAUUUACAACACGGUUGAAUUCAGGAUAAUAGUUGAGGGAUUUUAGCAAGAUUCAAUCAUGUUUCACAUAGAAAUUCUUUGAAAUCAAGAUUUUGAUGUGUCAAAUAAUAGACCUUGUCAUAGCUAGUGAGUUGGGAAGAAUUCGAUUUCAUUUGCUUUGUAAUGUAUGGCAUCCAUUAGAAGAACCUUGUCACCAGUACCUCGGCCUGGAACUGCAAUGAAUGGGGAAGUGUGCUCGGUUGCUUCCCCGCUUUCCAGGUCGUCGUCGUGUGCUCAGAGCCAUCCACCAUCUGGUGGAUUGUUAUCCGCUCUGGCCAACACAUUGGAAUCACAAGCUUAUGUUUUCAGUGUAUUCUCGCCGAGGACUUCAAGGCCGCUCGAGAAGUCAAAACUUAAGGGACAAGUGUGGAGGAGGGCACUUUUCCAAUUCUUCAUAUGUUUUGUGGUUGGAGUGUUUAUCGGGUUUACUCCAUUUUCGUCGAUGAAUUUAUCCACAAAUAUCAUGUCAAAGCAUCAAGCCUUCUCCUUCGAUAUGAUGUCCGCAGUUGGAAACUUUCAGCCGUUUGAUAGUGUAUCUAGGACUGAUAUGCCAUUAGAGUUGGACAAUGUGGCUAUGAAGGAUUUGAGCACAAAAAAAAAUGUGGCUAUGAAGGAAAAUUCUACGAUGGAAUCACAACCAAAGGAGUCAAAACCGGUUGAUGGUAUUUCUGAGGAUACUAUUGGUUACGACCAAUCGUUUCUCCAAGAAUCGGAGUUAGAGUCCAGAAAGCUUUUAAUAGUUGUGACCCCGACAUUUGUCAGUCCCUUCCAGGCCUAUUACCUGAGCCGGUUGGCACACACAUUGAAAUCAAUCUCACCUCCUUUGUUGUGGAUAGUUGUGGAAAUGACCUCCCAAUCUGCAGAAACGGCUGACUUGUUGAGGAGAACUGGGGUUAUGUACAGGCACCUUGUUUGCAACGUAAAUCUUACUGAUGUAAGAGACAGAAGAGUGCAUCAAAGAAAUGUUGCGCUAUCACAUAUCGAAACUCAUCAUCUUGAUGGUAUAGUCUACUUUGCAGAUGAUGAUAAUAUCUACACAGCUGAUCUUUUUGAGCAAAUGAGACAGAUUAGGCGAUUUGGGGUAUGGACUGUGGCCAAAGUGGAAAAUAAAAACAUUGCUGUAUUGGAGGGUCCUGUUUGUAAUGGAACCAAAGUGCUUGGAUGGCACAUAAAUGGACUGAGAUGGAGAUUUCGGAGAUUCCAUGCUGAAAUAUCUGGGUUUGCCUUUAAUAGUACAAUACUCUGGGAUCCGAAGAGGUGGCACAGACCUAUGCUUGAACCUAUUAGGCAGCGUGACACCAUAAAGGAGGCUCUCCAAGUGAGCACAUUUAUUGAACAAAUUGUGGAAGAUGAAAGCCAAAUGGAAGGAUUACUAGAAGAUUGCUCGAGAAUUAUGGUUUGGCAUCUUCAUCUUGAAUCGGCUAACGACUUCUAUCCUCAUGCAUGGUUCAUGAAGGAUAAUCUUGACGUCAUUGCUUCCCUUACAUGAAGUUCUGUAUGCAAGAGGAGAUUAUAUAUGAAUGCUAAAGGACUGGAACCAUCAAUCAAGAAACAUAAUCAUAUUCAUAAAUCAUUUCUUGGCGGACAAGUUGUGGUGUAGAACUCGUUUGAUAAACUACCGGUCGAUGUGUUCCAGAUUGCCAAAAUGGGGGAGUAUUUGAAGAAAAAUAUUUCCCUCUUGAAGGGAAAAUAUGUUUUUAUCUCCAGUAUUUUUGCUCAUUUUCUUUCUUUGUAGGGUGUUCGUUUUGACGAAAAGGAAGUAUGUUUUGUCCUAGUGGAAACCGAUGGUUAAAUUGAAAACCAUCAUGAAAUUCAGAAAGAUGCAGAAUUGCAGUUUGCUACCUUGUGUAAUAUUUAUUGGAAGCAAAUUUUGAUCAUUUUAGUU